AGAGGCAGAGCAGCCGCGCCACAGACACAGUCCACAUUUCCAGCGGAGACCGACGCACAGCUUGCCCCCCCCUCCCCUUCCCCAGUCCAACAUUUUCUGUCGAGCUCGGGUAACAAAACAAGCGGAGCAGGACCCGUCCCGCUCUCCGGGAUAGAUUACCAGACCCUUCCUCAGGACUCGGUUCGCCCUUCAUUCUCCCGGACGUCACCUUACACAUAUAGCUCACGGGAUAUAAGUUAUUUACAGUAGCACAGCCGGAGAUCCUGGAAGAUGGGUUCAGUCCCAGCGAUAUCUGUCCUUAUUUUGGGCAUUGUGGUUCCAGCGCUGGCCGGCUAUAUCGAGGCACUAGCAGCCAAUGCAGGCACAGGAUUUGCCGUGGCUGAGCCACAGGUGGCGAUGUUCUGUGGGAAGCUCAACAUGCAUGUCAACAUUCAGACCGGCCGCUGGGAACCCGACCCGUCUGGAACCAAGAGCUGCGUAGGAACCAAAGAGGGCGUGCUGCAGUACUGUCAGGAGAUGUAUCCCGAGCUCCAAAUUACAAACGUGGUGGAAGCCAACCAGCCAAUUCGUAUUGAGAACUGGUGCAAGAAGGAGAAGAAGGUGUGCAAAGGCCACGCCCAUAUUGUGGUGCCUUACAAAUGCUUAGUGGGCGAGUUCGUGAGUGACGUGCUUCUGGUGCCAGAGAAGUGCAAGUUCUACCACAAGGAGCGUAUGGACAUGUGCGUCAGCCAUCAGCAGUGGCACGGCGUGGCCAAAGAGGCCUGUGCCAAGAGCUCCAUGGUGCUGCACAGCUACGGCAUGCUGUUGCCCUGCGGCAUCGACAAGUUCCACGGCACCGAGUACGUGUGCUGCCCCCACUCUCGCACCGGGGAGUCCGCCCCGCCUUCCCUGCCCUCCCAGGAGGACGACGAAGAUGAGGAGGUAGAGGACGAGGAGAUCGACGAGGCCGACCUGGAUGAGGAGGACGCCGUAGCGGAGAGUGAGACACCGGCCGAUGAGCAGCCCACACAAAAGGAGGAGCCCGUGGACGAGGACGAAGAUGAGGAGGAGGAGGAGGAAGAUGAGUACCACUACGUCUAUGAGGAUGAGGAAGCGGAUAAGGACGACGAGGAUGAGAGGGAGGAGGGCCGCAAAAUGUCCGAGAGCCAAGUUGAGGACCAGACUCUGCAGGAAGUCAAAGCGGUGUGCACCCUGGAGGCUGAGACCGGCCCCUGCCGUGCCUCCAUGCCCCGCUGGCACUUCGACAUGAGCCAGGGGAAGUGUGUGCGCUUCAUAUACGGGGGCUGUGCCGGCAACCGCAACAAUUUCGACUCAGAGGAGUACUGCAUGGCCGUGUGCAAGCGCCUGACCUCGCCCCCGACUCCUCAGCCCACCGAUGACGUGGACAUCUACUUCGAGACCCCGGCCGAUGACAAGGAGCACAGCCGCUUCCAGAGGGCCAAGGAGCAGCUGGAGAUCAGGCACCGCAAUCGCAUGGAGAGGCUGAGAAAGGAAUGGGAAGAGGCUGAUCGCCAGGCUAAGAACCUGCCCAAGGCUGAGAGGCAGACGCUGUUCCAGCACUUCCAAGCCAUGGUGGAGUCCCUAGAGGAGGAGGCAGCCAGUGAGAAGCAGCAGCUGGUGGAGACUCACCUCGCCCGGGUGGAGGCCAUGCUGAAUGACCGGUGCCGUCUGGCCCUGGAGAACUACCUGGCUGCCCUGCAGGCCGACCCCCCCAGGCCCCACCGCAUCCUGCAAGCCCUGAGACGAUACAUCCGUGCUGAGAACAAGGACCGCCAGCACACCAUCCGCCACUACCAGCACGUCCUGGCGGUGGAUCCUGAGAAGGCUGCUCAGAUGAAGUCACAGGUGAUGACCCACCUGCGUGUGAUCGAGGAGAGGAUGAACCAGAGUCUAUCUCUGCUCUACAAAGUACCGUAUGUGGCCGAGGAGAUCCAGGAUGAAAUUGAUGAGCUACUCCAGGAGCAGAAGGCUGACAUGGACCAGUUCCUGUCGUCCAUCUCUGAAUCACAGCCAGAUCUCACCGUGUCGUCAGAGGAGAGCGUGGAAGUCCCCGUGUCUGAGGGCAAACCCUACCGGCCCUUCCAGGUCACAUCCUUGGGGUCCCGCUCAGAGCCCGAGGGUUCCGCCAUGUCAGGUUUAGACGGUCUGAUAGGCGCCGAGGAGAGGAUCAUCAACAGCAAUCCCAAGAUCAGCGACAAAGUGAUGAUUGAUGAGUCUCUGGAUGUUAAAGAAGUGGUUUACAGUGCAGAGAGAGUCAGCGUUAUGCAUGAUGAUGAGCUGGAGUCCUACCGCCCACUGGGAGAGGAUUUCAGCUUCGGGAACAGCGCACUGAUUGGCUUGCUGGUGAUCGCGGUGGCCAUAGCAACUGUGAUUGUGAUCAGUCUGGUGCUGUUGAGGAAGAGGCAAUACGGCACCAUCAGUCACGGCAUCGUGGAGGUUGACCCCAUGCUGACGCCAGAGGAACGUCACCUCAGCAAGAUGCAGAACCACGGCUACGAGAACCCCACCUACAAAUACCUGGAGCAGAUGCAGAUCUAACCAGAGCCUAAAGGGGGCGCAGUGGAGUCUGACAGAGGACGGCAGCCUAAGGGGAACAUACUACUGACCAAUAACACAUGAUGCUAUUGUUACAAUUAUUUGCAUACAUCCAAACUCCAUUUACUGGUUUGUUCAAAACAAUCCUUAAAUAACGCUACUACUUCUACUACUGCUACUAUUGUACUAUAGAGCUCUUUUUGAUCAUGUUUCUUUUGAAAAGGUGAUGUAUUUGCCAUUUUGCAUUACAGAAAAUGUGAUUUAUCUGUAAUUAUCAAUACAGCUAUCUCAGAUCAAGAUGUAUAACAUUUCUUCAGACGUUUUUUCUUUAUUUUUGAAAGUGAAAGGCAAAUCAAGCAAAAUUUAAAACGUUUUUGAGUAGCCUUCCUCAGACCGGCAUACCAGACACUACACUUGAGUUUUCCAUCAUGCAGGUGUCACCCGAGCAGUUUCUGAUGGAUUUCUCAAAAAGAAUCUGUGUUUUAUUUUGUUCUCUUUCCUCUCAAUAGAUUGCUUGUAUAUGAAGGUUCUUUGUACCAAUUAAAAUGUAUAGUGAAACAACAAAUGAGAAAAAAAUGAAAUCAUGAAUUAUUUACUUUCUGUUCUUUGUUAUGAUAACAGACAAAAUAUACAUAUACUGUUGAAAUAUA